AUGUCUUCAUCCAAACGUGCAUCGUCAAAAAAAAACUCACCCCCUGCGUCUAGUUCAAAUUCAGACAAAGGAAAUAAAUUUGGAGACGGGGUAGUUUUUCGUUCGGGUGCACCCAUUCAAUUAUUGGAGUAUGUAAAUUCAGAAGAAGAUGGUUUUGGAAAAAUUGUGAUUAAUAAUGCCGCGCUCAAAAUACUCGAUAAUAUUAAAGAACCUGUAGCCAUUAUGGCUGUCGUGGGAUCCUAUCGGCGUGGUAAAUCUUGGUUUGCCAAUGUACUUCACGGACGUCACGAUGGAUUUGAACUCGGCUCCAAGGUCGAAGGAUGCACCCGGGGCAUAUAUAUGUGGGAUACUCCCUUUUCUCACGAAGGAAAGCGUGUUAUAGUGCUCGAUUGCGAAGGUAUCGAUGAUCCUAAGCAGGAUCAGGAUUGGGCUGUUAAACUUUUUAUCCUCUGUUUGGUUAUCUCGUCUACUUUUAUUUAUAACGUAAACGGAAUUCUUGGUCGCGACGAUAUCGGAAAACUUUAUCUGAUGACUGAUUUAAGUAAAUUCAUUCAACCACCGAGUGACAGUGAAUUCUUGCCAAGAUUAGUUAUUUUAUUGAGAGAUUUUCAGUUAGAGGAACCCGAUGAUUUUCGAGAAUACUUGAUUGAUAAGUUGAAUAAUGUUAAUGAAGAAAGUAACUAUCUUAUUGCUAAAGCAAUUAUGAAUUAUUUCCAGGAUUUUAAUGUAUUCGGCCUACCGCACCCCGGAUGUAAUCGUACUCAGUUAAGAAACUUGGAAAAUGUUAUAACCGAAGAUUUGGACGAAGAGUUUGUCGAUAUAGUAACGACUGUUGUCAAAACCAUCUACUCUAACCUUAAUCCAAAAUAUAUUGGUUCAUCCACCAUGUCUGGAAUAUCGUUCGGUAAAUUCCUAGUAGAUUGUGUCGAGAAAAUGAACGAUCCCGAUAAUUCUCAGCAACUAUCUAUCCCAUCUGAAUAUGAAACGGUCAUUCAAUACAUGGCAGAAAGGGCCACAAGUAAAAGUCUUGAAAUAUAUGAGUCAGAAAUGAACGAAGAAAUAAGAGAAGAUCUCCUACCUAUGUUAUGGGAUCAAUUCGAUGACAUCCAUAAUAAAUGCUUUAAUGAUGCUCAAGAUGAAUUUUAUAAUAUGGUUAUUGGAUCAUCUCAACAAAUCGUUGAAUUCGUUGAGAAUUUAAACAUUCAAGUUCGCAAAGUACGAGAAAAAUAUGUCAAGAAAAAUUCAGAAGUCCUUUAUGAUUAUAACCAUAAAUUGGCGAGUGACCUUUGGAAGACACAUAUCAAGUGUAGAUUAAACAAAGAAAAUCUGUUCGAGGGUAAAGACGAAUUUGAUGCGGCGGAGGAAACCUUCAAAAAUGAAUAUCAACACCAUAUGAAGAUUUCCCCCGAAGCUGGAACCGCAAUCACUGAUUUUCUUGAUAAUAACUAUAAUCAGGCUUUAGAAAUGCUUACACAGUUAGGAGCUUUGAAAGCAGAACAAGCUAAUGCCUUACGUGAGCUAGAAAUGGCCCAAAAAGAAAACAUCAGAGCUCAAGAAAGAGUGUCAAAACUAGAAUCUACAAUUAGACAAAGCACACUUGAAGGAAAACAACAAACCGAAAGGUUAGAACAGAAAAUGAACGAGAUGAUGAAAAAUGCAGAAAAUCAAAGGGUCCAAAAUGAUGAAUUGCGAAAACAGAUAAUAGAGCAACAAGAAAAAAUGGCGGAACAGCAGAGGUUGGCUGCACAGGAGCAGGCCAAUGCCUUCCAUGAAUUAGAAGAAGCCCAGAAGAUGAAUCUAAAGUCUCAAGAAAUGGUAGCGUCGUUAGAAGCAACAAUUAGGCAAAAUGUACUGGAAUCAAGACAACAAGCUGAAAGAUUGGAACAACAAAUGAAUGAUAUGGCAAGAGAUGCAGAAAAUCAAAAGGACGAAUUAAGGAAACAGUUAUCAGAGCAACAGCAACAAAUUGUAGAACAGCAAAGAUUGGCUAAGGCGGAAACAGAAGCAAACAUGCAAUUACUUGCGAAUCAACAGAGAAUGGCAGCAGAAGAAAGAGCAAAGUUCAUGGAUACCAUAAACAGUCAGGGGGAACGGUUCGCGGCGGAAAGGGAAAGUUAUGUGGAUAGAAUAAGUGAAGUGGAACGCAAGCUUGAUGAAGAUCGUGGAGGUUGUGUGAUAUCGUAA